AUGACCAUCAAGACUGUUCAAGAGAACUUGCGCUCAAUUUUGGAGUCUACCAGAUACGACUCAGAAGACGAGAGGGUCUCUGCUAUCCUAGCUGCCCUCAUCGAUGAAGCCAUUUUCAGUGUUGCUCAUAAUGUUCCUCGAUUAGGAGAUUAUAGGGUGGCGUAUGAUGUACAAAGUGAAUGCUUCUGGGUUCGAUCAGGUUUCAUGUUUCUAUAUGAUGUGAAAGAAAUAGGAAGCAAUGAUAUCACACGAAAAAUACGCAAAAACCCAAAGUUUAUUGGCGAUGACAGGCGUAAACUUGGCGAACUGGCAUUUGUCUCACGCGAUCAGCUUGCCGUUCAGUUAAGAUCUCGGGAACCUCUGGCGUCCUUACAUUCACUGGAAAGUGAGGAGGCUUGUCAGCCAGUUUUUCCCUCAGAAGUUGAUGUCGAUAACGAUGUGUUGUACUCCCCGAAGGUUGGUAUCUUCAGUAGCACAUAAUU